GGAGACGAACUGCCCGCCAAAGGGGUAGAUGAUGGCAGAGACAGAUGGCUGCUUGCGGCCCGCCACGAAAUCAAAGUCGAGCAUGCCUUGAACGGCUUUCUGGAUGGGUCAGUUUUAUGCAGAUGAAAUGGGGGCUAUACGGGCUGGAGGCCAUAGACGAAUGCGCGUGUCUGGUCUGUGAAUAGCUCGCCGAGUCCAUGCUGGGUCUUUGAUGCUGCCAUGAUGAAGACGUGCGGAUGGUAGUCUUUGGUAGAGCAGGCAGUCUGUUGGUGCUGCUGCUGCUUGGAUACUUUUUUGUUGGGAAGUCGCGAAUUUUGUGAUGCGAUUCGGUGGCCUGAGACUCCUCAACGGGCAGCAGCAGCAGGCAGCAGAACCAGUCGCAGACAGAGGAGCAGGCGCACGCACUCAGUCUCACUGUAUUCGCUCGUGAAAUAAAAACUCAACACCCAAAAACGCGACAAGACUCACACAGCACCAUCUACUCAUGUCUGCUAAACCCAUCCGAGAAGGAGACGGAAAGGCCAUCCUCGCCUACUGGCUGGGCCGUGCUCAGCCAGUUUCACAGACUCCCUACAAGACAGAGUCCAAAGUAGGCGCUACCAGGCUCUGUCAGAUUGAGUUUGAUGUGCCAGAGGAGCAUCCAAACGACUACAGCAGCCACAUCCAAGGUGUCCUCGAUGCUGCGGAAAACAAGUUUGCCUGGCUCAAGGAAAUCAAACUCGUCGCAAAGCCAGACCAGCUCAUCAAGCGCAGAGGCAAGGCCGGCCUGCUCAAGCUGAAUGCAGACUGGGCCGAUGCUCGCAAGUGGAUUGAAGAGCGUGCAGGAAAGAAACAACAGGUCGAGCACGUCUCUGGCUACCUGCGCACUUUCCUCGUCGAGCCGUUCGUGCCUCACCCAGCAGAGACAGAGUACUACAUCAACAUCAUGAGUGUCCGUGAGGGCGACUGGAUUUUGUUCACUCACGAAGGUGGCGUGGAUGUUGGUGAUGUCGAUGAAAAGGCAGAAAAGCUGCUCAUCCCCGUUGACCUCUCACAGUACCCUUCGCGCGAAACAAUUGCAGAGAAGCUGCUUGCCAAAGUGCCAGCAGGUGUGCACGAUGUCUUAAUUGACUUCAUCUCGCGCUUGUAUGCCGUGUAUGUUGAGUGCCAGUUCACCUACCUCGAAAUCAACCCGCUCGUCGUGGUCCCUGAUGAGCAAGGCGCCUCUGUGCACUACCUCGACCUCGCUGCCAAGCUCGACCAGACUGCCGAGUUUGAGGCUGGCACCAAGUGGGCUGUUGCGCGUGCUCCUGCCAACCUGGGCUAUGCUGCAGCGCCCUCUGCAAAAGUAUCUGCCGACCACGGUCCUCCAAUGGAGUUCCCUGCACCCUUCGGUCGUGAGCUGUCCAAGGAGGAGCAGUACAUCGCCGACCUGGAUGCCAAGACGGGGGCUUCCUUGAAGUUGACCAUUCUCAAUAGCGAAGGCCGCAUCUGGACACUGGUCGCUGGUGGUGGUGCCUCUGUCGUGUAUGCGGAUGCCAUUGCAGCGAAUGGCUUCUCAGACGACCUUGCCAACUACGGCGAGUACUCCGGUGCUCCCUCAGAGACGCAGACAUACGAGUACGCCAAGACGGUGUUUGACUUGAUGACCCGCGGCAACCCUCACCCGGACGGCAAGAUCCUGUUCAUUGGCGGUGGUAUCGCCAACUUCACCAAUGUCGCCUCGACCUUCAAGGGCAUCAUCCGUGCGCUCAAGGACUAUGCAACAGCCUUCCACACACACAAGGUGCAGAUCUGGGUGAGGCGUGCUGGACCCAACUUCCCGGAGGGUCUGCGGUCCAUCAAGGCGGCGGCUGGUCAGCUGGACCUGCCCAUGAAGGUGUAUGGGCCUGAGGUGCAUGUCUCUGGUAUCGUUCCCAUGGCACUGGGCAAGAAGGAAGUGUUGCCCGAGUGGAGUGGAUAGAAGAGCAGUUGAAUAGAUGAGACAGCGCAUGACUAUCGACUCUGAGUGUAGCAGCCUCCGUCCACAGUCUCGUCCCUUCGAAGCUUCCCUCCCGUGGUGUCCAUGUCCUCGGCAUCCAUCCAUCCACUGCCCUCGUCCAUGUCCAUCGACAUCAAUCCAUAGAUAGACAGCGCAUAGACAUCAAACAUACUCAGACACCCCAUCCCAUACUCAGGCUCCUCGAUGAUUGAACGCACAGACGCUGUUUGAUGAUGCGACACUCCAUCGUAUCAGACUCCCCGCACUCAACCUGCUCUCUUGUACGCUCUUGUACUCUCUGAUACUCUGUCCUACCUGCGCUGUACUCUCUACACUACCCUCCUAGCAUAGUCGCAUAGUCAGUCGCUACCAUGUCUGCGUCAUCCGCCGCCUCCAUCAAGUCGCACUCAGAAGCCAGCGUCAA